AUGUCUGUGCCAGAUGGACUCGUCUCCAUUUCAGGACGGUCUAACGUCACAAACUGCAUUAAGUGUAAGGGCGUAAAUGGAGUUCCUGCAGUGUUUAUCCGCAAAGACGACCCGCCAUUAUGCAACGAAGCAUUAUUAUUUGCAUGGCCUUUCUUGGUAUGUUUUUGCAGGACGUGCUUUUUGUCGGGUUGCGUGCAUAAAUUUCGAUCGGCAUUCGGCAAGGCUAAUAUUGUUCGAAAUCGCGAUGCUGUUGCGUUGGCGUUCUCCGGAGGGGCCUCCUCGCUCGCGAUGCUCCAGUUGGCCAAAAUGUGUCACUCCACAAGUCAAGCAAGGAAGUUGAGAUUCCAGCCAACCGUCAUUUGUCUGUACGAUGUUGGCCAGCCCUAUCCUCACAAACAGGAAGAGGCCAUGAAAGUGGUCGGAUUCGACUAUCGAAUAGUGCGAACAGACGAAGUUAGUGUGUGUGAUUUGAAUUUGAAUACGAUGUACUGCACAGACAGUUGUCAGUCGUUCACAAUUCCACUCGACAAAAACGAAGGCGAUUUUGUUGACCAGCUUUCAGCAUCGACUGCGUUAACAAACUCCGCACUCACGGCUGCCGAGGAGACGCUGCGUUGGCGACGGCUGAAGCAGUUGGUGUUGUACACCAGUCGGUCGUUGGGUCACCGGUUCCUCUUGGUGGGGGACAAUGCAAGCCAACUUGCAGCUCAGUGUUUGGCGGGCAUCGCACAAGGUCGUGGAGGCUCCGUGGCUGCCGAGCUGGACUUUGCCGACACCCGGUUUACCGACGUGACCAUUCUUCGUCCAAUGUUCAAUUUUCUGGCGAAUGAGGUAGUCCUUUUCCUCCGUUAUGCGGGUUUGGAUGCAGUAAUUGAACCGACCCUAAGUCUUGAACAGACGUUGGCUCGCGGUCCAGGCGUCAACUCUAUCCAACGCCUCACUCAAGAUUUCAUAAGCUCACUGCAGUUUGCUGGAUUCCCGUCCACCACCAAGGCCGUGCUCAGGUACGUUGAACAAUUUUUUUUGUUCAAGCCAAAUCUGAUUUAG